AGGGGGGUCUCCUGAAGAAAGCAUAACUAGCUAGUAUCGUCCCGUCAGCUCGUCUCGAAAGAUCCAGGAGGUGCCGCUGCCGCGCAUCGAAAUGAAUUGCCUGACUCGGACGGUUAUCAUUCGUAAUCGCUUGAUCACCAGUUGUCCCUGGCACCCUAGCGAUUCACCCGUCAUCCACAAUGUCACUGAAGCAAAAGGUCAACGAUCCCCGACGGGAGUUGACUGUGCAAUUUCCAUUCUCACAGUAAUCAAUGCCGUGUCUGAUCUGUUCCCUCCUCUAAAAGCUGCCACCGGCGGGGCACUCUUCAUCUUGGACGAGGUCAAGAUGUUCAGGGAGGCUUUUGGAACAUACAUCGUCAGAACAAUGGCUGACGUAGUCACGGCCGUUGACUCGUAUGAUGCGUCGAGCGAAGAGGGAAAGCCAUGGAUAGAAAGCGAGGCAUUGCAGCGUAUCAAAACUAAAACUAAAAUCAGUCAAUUGCUUCGCAAGAUGGGAAAGCGGCCCGCUGCCAUCAAUUUCAUCUCUCACAUGAGCAAUCUGGGCAUGAUCAGUGAUCUCAGGAAAGAUUUAUGUGAGGAUGAACCUGACCAUUGGUGUUAUUGUAAGUACAGCUCGCGGAAUCGAGAGUGCCUCAGCUCUGAGCGACCUGUCGAUCGCAUCAGCAUCGAUCUCUCCGACGGUGCGAACGUGGAUGACUGUGCUACCUACAUCCGUAUGCAGCUACGGAAACUGAAGGAUGUGCAUCCUAGUUUGAGAGACGGACUCGGAGAAGAGGACAAAUUGAUUCAAAACAUCCUGGAAUGAGCGGUGGCGACCCUAUGAGAACGCUGGAGAAAUUGAUUGAUACGGGCGCUAACCGAUCAAAGGCCCGAGCCGAGGAAAUGAUGGACAGCCUGUAUACGACCAUUCUGAAGAAGUGUAAUUGGAAGGACGAAGAUUUUGUGCAUGACUACCCCAUUGUGAUGGGAGCAAUCUUGGUUGCGCAACAGCCAUUGUCAGUUAGGGCUUGGGAUGCCAUACUAUCACCGCUCCUUAAGUCUUCCAUACAUCACACAUUAGCCGAACUUGCACCCCUCCUCUUAGGGGUUAGGGAACCUGAUAAGCCAAUUCGUAUUUACAUCAAUCAUU